GUUCUCCUGACGCGUUGCAAACACAGUCGGUACUUCACUCUUAUUUUUAUGAUGAAUUUAAACAUCUACGAUUGUUCCUCGCAGCCUCAAAUAUCAUUUCGAAAGUGGAGAAAAUAAAGUGACAAAUGCCACAGGGGGUGAUCAAGUCACAAUCGUGCUGUGUUGGACUAAAAUCUCAGCAAUGUCGCUACUGUGCGUGCGAGUGAAAAAGGCCAAGCUCCAAGGACCUCCAGACAAGUUUAAUGUGUAUGUCACGCUGAAGGCCCAGAAUGUUAAAAGUACAACCAUCACGGUGCGAGGAGACCAGCCCUGCUGGGAACAGGAUUUCAUGUUUGAGAUUAAUCGUCUGGACCUGGGUUUGGUUGUGGAGGUGUGGAAUAAAGGGCUCAUCUGGGACACCUUGAUAGGAACAGCAUGGAUCCCACUUAACACCAUACGCCAAUCAGAUGAGGAGGGGCCUGGAGAAUGGACCUCACUGGAUUCUGAGGUUCUGAUGAAGGAAGAUGAGAUAUAUGGCACUAAAAACCCCACUCCUCACCAAGUGCUGCUGGACACACGCUUUGAGCUCCCUUUCGAUAUCCCUGACGACGAGGCCCAGUACUGGACUAAAAAGCUGGAGCACAUCAACUCUAUGAGGAUACAUGAUGAGUAUUCACUGCAAGAUGAAGCACAGAGAAGACAGCUGCCCUCAGUGCCCUCACAGUGCUCUUUUGAUGACCAUGACAGCACUGGGGAUGACCGGGACAGUGAUUACCGCAGUGAGACAAACAGCAGGCCUCCACGAUACCACACCACAGCUCAACCCAAUUCCUCGGUACAUCAGUACCCUAUUGGCCGAAGAUUACAGAAUCGGGCAUUAUCAAAAGAGUCUAGGACAGACUCUAUCCAGAGCUAUGACUUGGAUUAUAGAGAAGGAAGGGAACAGAGAUUUUCAAGUGGUACAGAUGAUGUCAGAAUUAUUCCAGUGGACUCAGGUAUGGGAGUUGAAGACUGGGAGAUCAAAUACAAAAUUAAUGACAACAUACUGGAUGAUUACCUGGAGAAAAACGUGGGGUGA